GUGUUGGCUAAAUUUUUGAGAGAGAGUUUAGUCGAAGUUUUGUUACUGAGUUAAACUGGAUAUAAAGUGAACUUAACUGUGUGGAGAGAUUUGACUUUUCCUUUGAUAUUUUUACCUGGCCUGUUCCUUUUGACCUCACCAACAUCAUGGAACCCCCAAAGUGCCUAACUUUGUCUUCAGACACUAAAGAAAGCUGGGCCUUCCUCCCUGAUUGUUCCAAAGAUUCUGCACUAGGGCUGGAGGGGUAUGGCACUUUUUUUUAUGAGAUUAUCCAACAGCUCUACAAAGACCAAUUGAACCUCUACAUGGAGAAAGAUAAGCUGAAGAGGGCUGGAGAAUUGGAUUCCCUUAGAGGUCGACAAAGCCAACUCCAGGCCCAGGUGGAGAUGUGUAAGGACAAGAUUGCUGCUGUAGAGGUCAGAGAGCAAGAACUCCUGGAUCAGAAUCAAAGACUGCAGUAUGAGCUGGACAAGGAACAAGAAGAGUUAUGGCUUUUCAUGACCUCACCUCUCCAGGUGAAGCGGUUACAGCUAUUGUUGACCACCCAGGGAACACUGUAUGAUCACCAGCUGAAGAAAAAGGAGCAAGAGCUAUGGAAGCUGAAGGAGAGAGUCCAGGUGCUUGGAGAACGGCGAGACAAAAGGGCUUCUAUUGACAUUCUCAAUACCUUGAACUGGAUGGAUGGAAAGCGGACCCAGUGGAAGGCAGACAAGGCUGACAAGAAGGAAGGAGAGCUGUUACGGACUGUGGUGGCAAACCUAGAACAACAAGUUGCAGAAAUUUCCCAGGAGAAUAAAAAAAUGAAACAGUUUUUAGGCCAAUUGGAUAGGGAUGUGAUCAAUCUUCUGAAUUUCCCCCAAAGUGACCCUUCUGAUGAUAAUGGAGAAGGAGCUGCAGUUGACAAUGGUGACAUAAUAUGGGAACACUGGAAUUCUCUCAAGAAGGAAGUAGAAAGGCUGAAAGGAAAUGCCUCAGAAGAAUGCCUCUGCAGGGACCCCAUGACUAUCAUCACAGAUCAGGAUAAAGAGUUGGCUCAACUGCGUCAGGAGAUCCAGCAGAGCCGGGACCUGAUCGUGUGGCAACAGCAGUGCUUCCAGGACCAGAUAAACCAAGCAGAGGAACUUCCCCAAGACACCACAGGCUCAUAUUUCUUGGAAGAGCAGCUGCAGCUUCAGGAGGCGAAGGCACUAUUUGCUCGGCAGCAGGCUAAUUUUGAAUUAGAACGGCAUCGUUUUACAGAGGCUGCCAUCCGUUUGGGGCAUGAACGUCGGUGCUUUGAGCAGGAACGGGCCAUGUUCAUGAAGGACUGGCUACUUGAACAGCCACCAAGUCAUUCCCAAGGGAAUCCCCAACUUUGUCCAGAUUUAUCAGCUCCUCAAACUCCAGAGCAAGAGCUAUGCCCAAAGAAUCCUGGAAUCACUCUUUUUUCCACAAGCAAUCAAAGAUUGGACAGAAAUCCUUCUGGUGAAAAAGCUUAUCAGGACCCCCCAAUAUAUAGACUUUUUAAGAAGCUUCCUGGUGAGAUGGACAUACUAUUUAACAUUCUUUAUCAUUUUUUUUUUUGGAAGGCCUUCUCCAAUAAUCAAUUGUUUUUAUGCAAAAGGUAGAAAUGAAGAUGCACAGUCUUUUUAGGGGACAGUGGGAAUCAAAGGGCAUUUUAAUUGUUGUGUGUUAAUAAAAAAUUGUGUCAAUAAAGAGAUUCUACUUUUCUACU